CCGUGAUCUUUUAGCAGUAUGGCAGCUAUCUCGCUGAGGUGCUGGCGCAGAGGACUUUCGCAUGUUUCCACUAAUGGAGGGCUCUCAGUUUUGUCGCCACUGCGUUUUCAAGGAGACAGAAGACACAAAUCCACAGUUCAGUAUGCUUCACGACCACAACUGCCAAAGUUGGCCUACAGAAAAGUGACAGGGAAGAACCCAGGAGUGGUCUUCCUCCCAGGAUAUGGCUCCAACAUGAAUGGACAGAAAGCUGAGGCACUGGAAGAGUUCUGCAAGUCACUAGGGCACGCCUGCCUAAGAUUUGAUUACACAGGACACGGAGCGUCGGAGGGUGUGAUCUCAGAAGGAACUAUCGGUACCUGGAAAAAAGAUGUCCUUUUUGUGUUGGAUGAGCUAACAAAGGGGCCACAGAUACUGGUUGGUUCCAGUAUAGGUGGUUGGCUCAUGCUGCUGACUGCCAUUGCAAGACCAGAGAGGAUCGCUGCACUAGUGGGCAUCUCCUCUGCCGCUGAUCACAUUGUCACAUCAUUCAAGUCUCUUCCUCUGGAGACACGCAAGGAGUUUGAAGAGAAAGGAGCAUGGACGGUGCCCACCAAACACUCAGAGGAGGGGUUCUACAAGUUUAGUAUGGACUUUCUGCAAGAGGCAGAAAAUCACUGUGUGCUCCAGAGUCCUAUCCCCAUCACCUGUCCCAUACGGCUCAUUCAUGGGCUCAGAGACGAGGACGUACCCUGGCACAUCUCCCUGCAGAUCGCAGAGCGCGCCCUCAGUCCUGAUGUGGACGUUAUCCUCCGGCGACAUGGCCAGCACCGCAUGUCUGAGAAGGAUGACAUCAAGCUUAUGGUCUACACUGUCGAUGAUCUCAUAGACAAGCUGACGACUAUGAUAUGAAAGGGUUCAGGGAGUGAGCUUGAGUGGUUAUGAAGAGAAGGACUGUGUUUAAGUCAACCCUCAAUGGAAAAGAAAACCAAACAAUGGCACGUUCCUCAGCCAAAUAUGACCUUUUAUUCAUCUCUGUUAUUCUCUCUUUAUGUCAUCUGUUUCAGAUGCUGUUACAGUGUAACCCUGUUCCCUUAUUUGUUCAGGUUGCAUCUAUACAUGUUCCAGGCUGUUAAAUCUACAGUCAUGUUCCUCAGCCAUAGUUCUGCCAUUGCUGUUGUCGCCAAUGUUCUUACUGUUUUGACUCUUUCACCUCCCCCCUUUAAUUAGAUGCAUAGUUUUUUUCCUGUGCCUUUUUUAAAAAAUCUCUUUUCACCCAGUUUGGCCAAUAAAACCUAUGCACACUAGA